AUGACACUCUACUACAGUCUUGUUUUUCUCCUGUUGGUGUUUGAGAUGGCGGUCUUUUUGGCCCUCAUCGUGCCUCUGCCAUUCACCAUCAAGCGCAAGCUUUUCGCUUUCAUCUCGGAGAGCCCAAUUAUAGCAAAGCUACAAUAUGGCUUGAAAAUCACAUUCAUCUUCAUUUUGAUUCUGUUCAUCGACAGUGUCAACCGGGUGUUCCGGGUGCAGCAGGAGCUCGCAGCUUUUGCCAAGGAUGGUUCUGCCGUCAGCGCUGCUCACCUUGGUACCGACCGCAUGGAGGUCCAGGCCCGCAAGUUCUACUCGCAGCGCAACAUGUACCUUUGCGGCUUCACCCUCUUCCUCUCCCUGAUCCUCAACCGCACCUACAUCAUGAUCUUGGAAGUCCUUCGUCUCGAGGACCGCGUCAAGCUUCUGGAAGGUAACAAGAACGCUGGUGGAAAGGACUCUGCCCGCAUCGCUGAGGCUGGGAACCUUGGAGAGAUUGGUUCCCUGAAGAAGCAGCUGGCAGAGAAAGACCGGGACAUUGAGACCCUUAAGAAGCAGUGUGAGGGCCUUACCCGUGAGUACCACAAGCUCGGCGAUGAGGUCUCUUCCAGCAAGAGCGACAAGACCGAGAAGAAGGACAUGUAA